GCGCCUGGACUCCGGCGCCUCCGCAGGAGGCCGCGUCACGUGGUCCGCGCGGCCGAGCCCCGCCCACGGACCACAUGACCGGCGCUCUCCAGCUGGGCUGGGGGUCUGCGGCAAGGAAGGCGAUUGCGCAGGCCUCCAGGACUGCUCAUGCUGCUCCGGGCCAGCGGGCUCUCACCAUGAAUAUGAGGAAGCCGCUCUGCUCUAACUCCCUGAUUGGGGUCUGCACCCUCACCUCCUUGAUUUCUGCUGUCAUCGUGGGCCAUCUUAUGCUCCGUGACUUCAUGCUGCUUCCCCAAGACCUUCAUGAGUCCUCUCCAGGACUACAGAAGACUUUUAGACCUCACCACUGGGAAGGUUACAGGCCAAGGCCCCAGCACAUCCAGAAGCACCCUGACCAUCCUGCAGCGGUGUCCAUACAGUGUGACGUGCCCCCCAACAGCCGCUUUGACUGUGCCCCAGACAAGGGCAUCUCCCAGGAGCAGUGCGAGGCCCGUGGCUGCUGCUAUGCCCCAGCAGGGCCGGUGUUGAAGGGGUCACUGAUAGGGCAACCCUGGUGCUUCUUCCCUCCCAGUUAUCCAAGCUACCGGCUAGAGAACUUGAGCUCUACAGAGACGGGGUACACAGCCACCCUGACCCGAACCAGGCCAACCUUCUUCCCAAAGGAUGUGCUGAGCUUACAGCUGGAUGUGCUGAUGGAGACGGAUAGCCGCCUCCACUUCGUGAUCAAAGAUCCCACAAAUAAACGCUACGAAGUGCCCCUGGAGACCCCGCGUGUCCUGAGCCAGGCACCAUCCCCACUCUAUCGUGUGGAAUUCUCAGAGGAGCCCUUUGGAGUGAUUGUUCGCCGGAAGCUAGAUGGCCGGGUGCUGCUGAACACUACUGUGGCCCCCCUGUUCUUCGCUGACCAGUUCUUACAGUUGUCCACGUCCCUGCCCUCCCAGCACAUCACAGGCCUCGCUGAGCACCUCAGCCCGCUCCUGCUCAGAACUGAAUGGACUCGGAUCACCCUCUGGAACCGGGACAUGGCACCCUUGCAAGGUGCCAACCUCUAUGGGUCACACCCUUUCUACCUGGCGCUGGAGGACGGUGGCUUGGCUCAUGGUGUCUUCCUGCUAAACAGCAAUGCCAUGGACGUGAUCCUGCAGCCCAGCCCGGCCCUCACCUGGAGGUCAACAGGUGGGAUCUUGGAUGUGUAUGUGUUCCUAGGCCCAGAGCCCAAGAGCGUUGUGCAGCAGUACCUGGAUGUUGUCGGAUACCCCUUCAUGCCGCCAUACUGGGGCCUGGGUUUCCACCUCUGCCGCUGGGGCUACUCCUCCACUGCCAUCAUCCGCCAGGUGGUGGAGAACAUGACCAGAACGCACUUCCCCCUGGAUGUACAGUGGAAUGACCUGGACUACAUGGACGCCCGCAGGGACUUCACCUUCAACCAGGACGGCUUUGCGGACUUCCCAGACAUGGUUCACGAGCUCCACCAGGGUGGCCGGCGGUACAUGAUGAUAGUGGACCCGGCCAUCAGCAGUUCAGGCCCUGCUGGGAGUUACAGGCCCUAUGAUGAGGGUCUUCGGAGGGGCGUGUUCAUCACCAAUGAGACUGGGCAGCCACUGGUUGGGAAGGUAUGGCCUGGAUUCACUGUCUUCCCCGAUUUCACCAACCCUGAGACCCUUGACUGGUGGCAGGACAUGGUGUCUGAGUUCCAUGCCCAGGUGCCCUUUGAUGGAAUGUGGAUUGACAUGAACGAACCAUCCAACUUCAUUAGAGGCUCCCAGCAGGGCUGCCCUGACAAUGAACUGGAGAACCCACCCUAUGUGCCUGGGGUGGUUGGUGGGUCCUUGCAGGCAGCCACCCUCUGUGCCUCCAGCCGCCAGUUCCUCUCCACACACUACAAUCUCCACAACCUGUACGGCUUGACGGAAGCCAUCGCCUCCAACAGGGCCCUAGUGAAGACUCGGGGAACACGACCCUUUGUGAUCUCCCGCUCAACCUUCGCUGGCCACGGCCAGUACGCUGGCCACUGGACAGGGGAUGUGUGGAGCACCUGGGAGCACCUUUCUUACUCUGUGCCAGAAAUCCUGCAGUUUAACCUGCUAGGCGUGCCCCUGGUCGGGGCGGACAUCUGUGGCUUCCUGGGAAACGCAUCAGAGGAGCUGUGUGUACGCUGGACCCAGUUGGGGGCCUUCUACCCCUUCAUGCGGAACCACAAUGACCUCAAUAGCAUGCCUCAGGAGCCGUACAGGUUCAGCGAGACUGCUCAGCAGGCCAUGAGGAAGGCCUUCACUCUGCGCUACGCCCUUCUGCCCUACCUGUACACUCUCUUCCACGGUGCCCACAGCAGAGGGGACACAGUGGCCCGGCCUCUCUUCCUGGAGUUCCCUGAGGAUCCUAACACCUGGACUGUGGACCGCCAGCUCUUGUGGGGGUCAGCCCUGCUCAUCACACCUGUGCUUGAACCUGGGAAAACUGAAGUGACUGGCUACUUCCCUGGGGGCACGUGGUACAACCUGCAGAUGGUACCAGUGGACGGUCUUGGCAGCCUCCCAUCUCUACCAUCGUCUCCUCCAUCACCCCUCAGAUCUGCUAUCCACAGCAAGGGGGAGUGGCUGACACUUGAAGCCCCAUUGGACACCAUCAAUGUACACCUGAGGGCAGGAUACAUCUUACCACUACAGGGUCCCAGCCUCACAACCACGGAGUCCCGAAAGCAGCCCAUGGCCCUGGCUGUGGCAUUAACAGAAAGUGGCGAGGCCUGUGGAGAGCUGUUCUGGGAUGAUGGAGAGAGUCUUGGGGUUCUGGAUCGUGGGGCCUACACACUGGUCACCUUCAUGGCCAAGAACAAUACCAUCGUGAACAAGUUGGUACACGUGACCAACGAGGGGGCUGACCUACAGCUGAGGAAGGUGACCAUCUUGGGAGUGACCACAGCCCCUACACAAGUCCUUUCCAAUGGUGUGCCUGUCUCCAAUUUCACCUACAGCCCGGACAGCAAGACCCUGGCCAUCCCUGUCUCACUGCUCAUGGGAGAAGAGUUUCAGAUUGAUUGGUCCUAGCAGACCACAGUUUAGAGGCCUCUCAGUGAGGCGAUGUACAGCUUUGGAUGGUGGCCUGUAAGGACCUGAGUCCUGGUCUUGACACAUCUUUGAGUUUUUUCCACUAUGUUGCUGCUUCUGCCCUUGAGGCACUGUGUUAGGAAAGGAGUGAGGCUUGCUCUGUCUGUCUGUCCCCAGCUGUCCGUCCCUGACACUAGAGAAUGUGAAGCUCAGCAUGGGGACAUUGUACCUGCACCAGCAGGCCAUGCAGUCACUGCAACUGUGACCCUACAAAGAGACAGAGCUGGUGAUGCCGUCAGGCUCACAGGACUUGAGAAACUUACUGUGAAGUGCACUUAUUUAAAUAAAAAGGACAUUUGGAACCAGCUCUCCCAUCACCUCAUGUCUUCAUAUCACCUCAUAUCACCCACAUCCCCAACCAGUCAUCCUCAGGUCCCCAGCAUGACUCUCCUCCCCGUCACCUCAGGUCUGCUUGUCACCUCUGCAGGCACUCCCCACUGGAGUUACUGAGAACGUCCUGCUGGAGCUGAUCAGGGAGGUAUUGAUGGAGACAUGCCAGGGAAGGGCUUCCCAGAGUGGGGCCUGAGACCUUAGCCCCAGGCAGAGAUCUGUCCCCAGAAAUGCAGGCCCAGGCUCCCUGGCGAGUCUGGAGCGAAGGAAGGUGUUGUAUGUGUCACUCACGCCAAACUUGUCACCAGGGCUGAGGGUUAGCAGGGCCAACCAAGAGCCAAAAGCGUGAGGACUCCGGGAGCCACUUACCUCACGGGGUCAUCAUGUCCUGGAGUCCCUUCUAGCUGGGCCACUCCGCCUUCGUGUGGAAAGAGGAACAGGGUAGUAGCUGCCCCACCCCUCCUUGGGGUACUUGACUCCUGUGGGAGUGAGCCUUUCUGCCUGUGGUUUGGAUCGUUGUCCUCCACUGCAUGGAGGACCUAGCUGACAGGAACAGUCAGGCUCCCAAGUAUCCAGAGAAAACAAGGGAACUGGUGCCUCCCAUGCAGCAGCUCCUGAAGCCCAAGUGGCCACAGGUAUGCUGCCCCUGGGUCCCCACUGGUCCUCACCCAAGAGGCUGUCAGGUGGUCUGAUGGAGCCAUGGACUGGCCACUAAUGAUGUUCCCUGGCCACUGCCCGGCCGGCCGGCCCUUUAGCACAUCUUGGGCUGCUGUUAAAGGGCUGAUCCUACUUAGCCUGUCCUGAGCCCUGGAUGAGGAGGGGAGCUUUUCUGGGACCGGGUAAGAGGUGAGGAGUGGGACUAGUCCAUUGGCUGAGGCCUGAGGUCUGUAUAAUCAUGAGACACUGUAUAAUCAUGAGACAUGGGCAACACCCGAGGUAGCUUCAGCAGUCCAUCUGGAGAAGAGAUGUGCAAAGCCUUCUGAUGGGGAAAGGCAGCCAGGGCCUUUGCACAGCCCUUUCCUUGGCUAUAGAGAGGCAGAUCAAGGAGCUUGGGACAAGCAAUGAGAAAUCAGUCAAGAGCUGGCCUUUUGUCCAUGCAGUUUACAUCUUCUAGGAUGUUGUGAGUUCAUCUCUCAUUCAGCAUCUGUCUCAUCCAUGUUGGUAUGACCUUGACUGUUGCAUACUUUUCCUAUUUUCUCUCAUUCCAACAUUACUUCCUAGAGGGAAGGUUCCAGAAGCUCCUGAAACAAGGUUCACAGGGCCUCCUGAAAAGAUACGUAGCAGUAACAGCUACCAGAUAGGAAACUCUCCAAACCGGCUGAACUGGCUUGCGGUCUGUAGACUGGGGACACAGCUCUCUGCAUGCUGGGGUGGGCUUUUCUGUAAUGCAACUGCCUUCAAGUCACCCAUUGUCAGUAACCCCAAUAAACUGCUGUGUCAAGCUGGA